CGAGAAUCGAGAAACCAGUGUGGCGUCAAGCAUGGGACGGUUCGUGUCGGUUUCUCGUGCCCAUUUCGUCUAUGCUGCUUCGUUUCCCCAUAGUUUGUAAAUAAAAAUUUACAUGAAAAAACUCGCGCGGUGUAUAUGACUUUUUUAGUACGUGUGUGAGGUUUUAUCGUGUUUUUUGUAGUGUAUGUUAUGUGACUAGUGUUGUUCUAAGUGGAAAAUAGUCCAACCUAUGGCCUGGAGUACCUGUCACAGCUUGUUUUUGAGUUUGGUUGCAAUGAGCUGAAAUGAUGAAUCAGUGCGCCUUCGUGAGCUGUCUACUGGUUAUCGCGCUUGUGUACUCGAACUUAAAAUCAGUAGUGGCGGACGGUAAUACCAAUUUCCAGUUCACCAAACACCUGUACAAUGUCAGCAUCCCCGAGAACAGUAUCGCCAAAACUUACGCCACCCAAACACCCGGAUCCGAUCUCAUGGGAAUCCAUCUCCCUCCAGACACGUUCUACGACAUUCGAUAUAAGAUAGUAGAGGGGGACAAAGACAAGUUCUUCAAAACAGAGCAUAGAAUAGUGGGUGACUUUUGCUUCCUGUUUAUCAGAAUUAAAACAGGGAACAACGAUGUACUCAACAGAGAACGCAGAGACAAAUAUAAUCUACAGGUACGAGCAUCUGCUUUUCUCAAAGAAGGAAAGCAAAAAGUCCAGUUUACUACAGACACUACCGUUGCAGUUACAGUUACAGACACUAACGAUCUUAAUCCGUUGUUCUAUCCUACUGAAUACAACGCGACUGUUUUUGAAGACACCCCAGUCCAUCAAAGUAUCCUGAGAGUAGUUGCUGAAGAUGCAGAUCUCGGUAGAAAUGGAGAAAUCUACUACAGCUUCAUUGAAGACACCGAAAAGUUUAUGAUUCAUCCCAUAACCGGUAUAAUAUCCCUAACGAGACCAUUGAGAUAUAACGAGGGCUCCUAUCACGAAUUGACUGUAUACGCACAAGAUCGAGGUGCUUCUACUAAAAGCGGUUUUGGUAUGUUUAGUAAAGCUAAAGUAAGGAUAAGAGUGCAGAAAGUAAAUUUCCAUGCCCCAGAGAUUAAGAUAAGACGACAUCCAGAGAUUGUUGAAAAUUCGAAUGCUGAUAUUUACGCCAUCGUUAAUGUUGCCGACAAAGAUACUGGAAUUCACGGAGAAAUCGCUAGUUUGGAGAUAGUUGAUGGGGAUCCAGAUGGACAUUUCAGAAUACGUCCGACGAAACAACCUGGCGAAUAUAAUAUAGAAGUUUUAAAGUUACUUGAUAGAGAAACGGCUCCAAACGGAUACAUUUUGCAAUUACGAGCUGUAGAUAAAGGCAUUCCUCCAAAAGAAAGCUACAAAUCUGUUCACGUUAUUCUUGCCGAUUUCAACGAUAAUGCUCCAGUGUUCAACAAAGAAAUUUACGACAUUAAAGUCCCAGAAUCAGCCCCCGUAAAUACACCUCUGAUUAGACUGAAGGUCACUGACGCCGACGAAGGAAAGAAUGCUCAAGUUUAUCUAGAGAUUGUUGGAGGUAACGAGGGUGGAGAAUUCAGCAUAAAUUCUGAGACUGGAAUGCUCUACACGGCAGUGCCUUUAGACGCAGAAAACAAGCAAUUUUAUAGCCUCACCGUCUCUGCAAUUGACCAAGGAAACGUAGCCACACGGAAACAGUCCUCAGCGAAAAUAAAAAUCUACGUGGAAGAUACGAAUGAUAAUGAUCCAAUAUUUGAAAAAGCUGAGGCCGUAGUCUGGAUAGACGAAAAUAUGCCAGCAGGGGCUUCGGUUACGACAGUGCAUGCCAAAGAUAAGGACAGAGGGGAGAACGCGUAUAUUUCUUAUCUUAUCGCUAAUCUGAACAAGGUCCCGUUUGAAAUCGACCAUUUUUCUGGGAUAAUUAAAACGACGAUGCUACUGGAUUAUGAGAGCAUGCGACGGGAAUAUGUGCUGCGCGUACGAGCGUCCGACUGGGGACUUCCUUAUCGACGACAAACCGAGAUGCAACUUACCGUAAAAGUGAAAGAUAUCAAUGAUAAUAGACCUCAAUUCGAACGAGUCGACUGCUUUGGGCACAUCCCUCGUAACAUGCCUAUCGGCUCAGAAAUAAUAACUCUUUCUGCUAUCGAUUUCGACGCUGAAACUCUGAUAGAAUACAGAAUCGUUUCCGGCAACGAAGACGGAUGCUUUUCCAUCGACGCUACUUCGGGCACUAUAAGCGUAAGCUGCGACCUCAACGAUAUCAAAGUAGGCGAAAGAGAGCUGAACGUUACAGCAACAGAUAACACCCAUUUCGCCGAUAUAGCCAGGGUCCGUUUCAAGUUCGUCAACGGUAAAAGAAAAGUGUCUGCGAACGGGAAAUCUUUCAGUGACGAGCUAGAACAAUUCGACUGCAGGGAUACCGGAGUGGCCCGAAAAUUAACCGAGAUUCUUGCGGAUGCCGAGCAUAAUAACAAACCUUCGACGCAGGAGGAAUUCCCAAUGAUGCCGACUCGCUACGGCCUGAAUGUGCACUCUCCCGAAUUCUUAGAUUUCCCCGUUGAAAUUAAGGUGAACGAAUCUGUUGCUCUUGGCACCACGUUAAUUAAGUUACGCGCCCGAGACCGAGAUUUGGGAUACAACGGCAAACUACUUUUCGGAAUAUCCAGCGGAGAUUUGCGAUCGCAGUUCUGCAUCGACAUGGAAACUGGAGAACUGAAAGUAAUCGGAUACUUAGAUAGAGAACGAGACAGCAUAUACUUCUUAAAUAUCUCUGUGUACGAUCUGGGAAAACCGCAAAAAUCUUGGUCGAGGAUCCUGCCGAUAACCGUACUCGAUGUUAAUGAUAAUCCUCCUCGAUUCGAGAAAACUUUGGCAAGCUUUAGAGUUACCGAAAACGCAUUAAAUGGAACAGCUAUAUUCAGAGCCAAUGCUACAGAUGCCGAUGAAGGUGACAACGCUAAAAUUACCUACUCCUUAGUUACAGACACCAAAGACUUUUCAAUAGACCCAACUAACGGUGUGCUCACAGUUUCUAACGCUCUAGAUAGAGAACGACAAGACUUGUACGAACUAAAAAUCAGAGCUACUGAUGGUGGCGGUAAAGGUCCAGAGAAUCCUCCUCUCUACUCCGAAGCUUUAGUCAGAAUAUCUAUUGAUGACAUCAACGACAAUCCUCCUAAAUUUAGUUUACCUAAUUACCUUGUUAAGAUACGAGAAGACGUGCCAAAAGGGACAGUGGUGGCGGUUAUUUCGGCUUCAGAUCCAGAUCUUGGCAGUGAAGGAGAGAUCAUGUAUUCCUUGGAAGACAGUGAUAAUGAAAAGGCGUUUAAGAUAGAUAACUCCUCCGGUACGAUCAGAACUACCAAGCUUCUCGACUUCGAGGAACGUCAAGUGCACAGUUUGGUGGUGUACGCUAAAGAUAAGGGCAACCCUUCGCUUUCGUCUGAGGCUAGUGUGACGAUAAACGUGGUGGACGUGAACGAGAACAUGCACGCGCCGCAGUUCGGAGACUUUGUGUUGUCGGGAAAAGUGAUGGAAAAUUUGCCAGUAGGCAGCUUUGUGAUGCAAGUGAAUGCUACCGAUGCCGAUCCGCCCGGUGGCGAUAGCACCAUUGAAUACUCCAUUAGAGGUGGCGAUGGUAUAGGGAUUUUCUCCGUAGACAACAAAGGCUUUCAACGUAUAAUAAUAAUGUCCUUUCGCCUAAAAAACAUUCAGCAGCUUUUAAAGCAGCAGCAAUCUACCAAUGAGGAUGCAUCGACCGAACAGUAUACGUCUGACUACACAGUUUCUGUUUUUGAAUAUGAAAAUGGUACCCCAAAGAAUAUGCUCGACAAUGAUGAACAACAAAACAAACAAGAAUAUGAAACAAACGUUUCAGAGAUGGACAAUGAGUUUUUUUAUGAUAAGAAUAUAGCUGUUCCGGAAGUUUCUAAGUCAACAAGUUCUUCAUCAUCUUCAAGCAGCUGUUGUAGUAGGCGUUCUAGUAGGUCUUCCAGUAGUAGAAGCUCUUCUUCGUCCUCUGAAGAUUGUGAAGACAUAAUUAACGAUCAGAACUAUGUACCAAAGAGUGAUGAAGAAUCAGAACAGUGUGAUAAAGAAAACCACGACGACGGUAAUAAUGAGCCUAAUCAAACCUUAUCAGCAAACCAAGACAUUCCUAUUCUUGUUACACCCCCAAAGAAAGGCAAGAAACGUCAACGGAAUACUGUAAACUGGAAGAGAAAUCUUACAAAAAAAAUGAGAAAUUGUGGUGAAGCCUACCAAACUCAUUCAAAAAACAAAAAGAUGAGACAAAAAGACAACUCUAUCAACACGUCUAACAUAACUGAAACAUCUCAAUAUAGUACACAACCUACAACAGACGAAGUAAUUGACACGUUUCUCAACUCUUUAGACAAAAUCUCGGACGACAAGCUGGACCUCCUGAUAUCAGCACUGCUGAGAGUUAAGGGUUCAGCUAGCCGUUCGACGUCAACAACAAACAAUCAAGUAAACAAUAACAACCAAAUGCUAAAUCAACCUACAACCAACCAACCUUCUAUCAAUACAUCUAACAACAAUCAAACAAACAACCAAAUCACACACACAAUAAACAAACAAACAACGCAACCCUUAAACAACCAUUCAACACAACCUUUAAACAACCAAUCAACACAACCUUUAAACAAUCAAUCAACACAUCCUUUUAACAACCACCCAACACAACCUUUAAACAACCAUCAUCCAACCAAUAUUGCUACCACUAUACCACCUAGGCACCCACUAACCUCACAACCUAACAACAACCAACCUACCUACGCCUCUGCUACCCGUCAAACAGCCUCUACAUCCAGUAACGCUAUCCCUCAACCUCAUCCUAACUCCUUUGAAUACAUCUUCAAUAACAUCCCUGUGGAAAAGUGCAACCAGCGUGAUUUCCACAGAAUAAUAAACACUCAAGAAAUCCUCCUAAAUCAAAUUAUCCAAUGCAGAGUCCUUCCAACACAGAUAGCAUACCUCACCACCAGAAAUCCCAUCAAUCACGUCGAAAUACAGCGCAAAGUGCGUGAUAAAUUCGGCGACUCCCAAAUCACACUAACCCCCAAACACAGAUUAUCCAACCGCACUCAAACCACCUAUAAACCAACCUUCAUGAUCGUCUUGAAAGGCAUAGCUAAUUACUACACUGACGAUGAAGUCAAAGUCAUCCUUUCCGACUUAGGUGUUCCAGUGAUCCGUCUCUGGCGCAUCGUAUCUCGGGAAGGAGUAUACACCUCGUUUAUUAAACUUAUCACAGAUAGUGAGGAAAAAUAUACAGAACUGCUGACAAGAGGCUUCUAUCUUGACGGCAUUUCUGUCCGAGGUGAACUUCCCUUAAACUCUAAUCCUAUCCCACCCAUACCUAAAUACUGCAACAGGUGUGCUCGCAAUGGACACACGAUCCAGGAAUGCACCCUAAAACAGUUCCGCUGUCCCACAUGCGGUGAAGAACAUCGUUCUUCAGCAUGCACAAAACAAACCUCACCCAAAUGUCCUAACUGUGACGGACUUCAUGCGGCGUACUCGCCAAAGUGUCCGUUACGGAAAGAGGCCCCUCCCACUCUCCAAGAAACUCAGCCCAUUACUACCCAAAAAAGAAUCCCACCUUACACUUUCACCUCCGAUAUGCAAACCACACUUGAAUUCAUUUCCUUACUAAUGGUAAACGUCCUCCCAGACCGAAGACAGUCGGUACUGGACUGCGCCAACAACCUCACCUGCUCUAUAUCAAAAAUUCUGAAAAGAACCGUAGAACCAACUUUCUCCUCUGAUUGCUCCGCCCAACAACAGCCUCCAAGCAGUGCACCACCACCACCAACGGUUCAGACUACCACCAGUGGUCCCAGUGGACAUAAAACAACAGUGUCUAGAUAA